UGAACCUGUAGGGAAUAACACAGAGCGAGCUAGAAUACAAAAUCAGAUCUGCGGCCAACCUGGAAGAGCUUCUUCGUAUAACUCACCCCAGAGAGCUGAAACUGUGGAGGUGUCGGUCGAAGCUUAAAUCCUACAUUAGCACUGACGCGAGAUCUGGGCCUCAUCGCUCCACCCGAUUUGCUGCAGCCUUCUAUGAUAUUGAAAUACUAAAAGUUAUUGAUGAAGAGUGGCAGAAGACACAGUGCAUACCCCGAGAAACCUGCGUUGAUGUUGCAAAGGAUCUUGGCACUGCCACUAACACGUUCUUUAAACCGCCCUGCGUCUCCGUGUUCAGAUGUGGAGGCUGCUGUAAUGAAGAGGGGGUUUCCUGCCUAAAUACAAGCACAUCCUAUGUACUCAAAUCGGUUUUUCAAAUUUCUGUCCCACUAACACAAGCACCUGAACCUGUAACUAUCAAAGUUGCCAAUCACACAAGCUGUAAAUGUUCACCGGUUGGUCCUCGACAUCCGCCCACCAUAAUACGUAGAUCAAUUCCAUAUCCGGAAUAUGGGUAA